CUAAUAGCACCUACACUUGUGCGAACCAAAACACAAAUUCCUAAUCCUCCAACUCAACAAAUGGCAUCCAUGACAAUGGCUUCCUCGUUCCUUGGUGGCUCCGCCGCUAUCGCAGUCACCAAGCAACCCUCUACCACCGGUCGCCGGGGAUUGGUGGUGAUGGCCAAGGCCUCAAAGGUAGCCGGAGUUGAGAACACUGUGGUGGAUGAGAAGAAAGAAGGGAGCAGCAUCAAUGGAAGGAGGGACAUGAUGUUUGCAGUUGCAGCAGCAGCUGCAUUCUCCAUGGCUAAAGUUGCAUUGGCCGAUGAUGAAGAGCCGAAGCGUGGAACUGCAGCUGCUAAGAAGAAAUAUGCACAGGUCUGUGUGACGAUGCCCACUGCACGCAUUUGUCGUAACUAGUCACAUCGGGUCUAUGUAUGUUUUAUAUCUUUAGCAAGUUAUAUUUGUGUAUCGAGCAUAUGUAAAAUUGAAGAUGCUUUUGCUUAUUUAUUUUAUGGUGUCUUGGGAUAACAACUGUUUAUUCUGAUCACGAAAUGCUAUCGUUUUCUUUAUUGUUGUUGCA